CGCCGGAGACCAACGUCCACGCGACGAGCCGUCGUCUGCUCUCGACCGGAAGCGCCGCGGCGGAAGGAGACGACGCCCCGGGUCUACAGGAAUCGGAAGUCGCGCCUGUUUUCACCUCCAAGAGACACGUACACUCGCUUUUCAAACGAGCCCCGCCGCACGCAGAGAGCUCCGGAGAUAGUAAAACGACGAAGGAAGGCGAAGAACCGAAGCCCAAGGCGUCUGCCGGAGCCAAAGGAAAGCAAAAAGACAAGGACCAAACCGAAGUCCGGGGCCAAAGGAAAGCAGACUGACUCUCAACCUGAUGGUGCGGCAAAAUACAGCGAGUCGGAGGGGAAAAAGGUAAAACCCGGAACGGUGGAAGAAGCAGCGGACAAAGGCGGCGAACAGGGAAAAAAAAAGGAAGACGGCAAAGAAAAAGUCAAGGUUCAAAGCGCGACACAUAAGGAUAAGCAGGGGGAGGGCGAGGUUGCAGACGACAAAAAGUCGAAAGGCGAGCCCAGUCGAGACGACAAAACGCAAGACAAGGCACCAGAAAAAUCGGCAAAAAGUACCGGAGGGCAGGCGGGAAAAGAGGAGAACAAAGAGCCCGGGACCAAGCCAAAGGAAGGUAACGAGUCGAAGUCAACAAAACCAGACGACAACGACGAGGAGGGAAACGCCGGAGCAAAACCGAAGGGAGAAUCGCCGCAGACGGGUCAAAAGUCGAAGCCCAAGCCGGACCAAGAGUCGAAGCCUGAGUCAGGAAAAGAGGAAACGGGCGCCGUGAAACCGGCACCAGGUGAGACGGGCGAAUCGUCGUCCGAAGGGGAAAAAGAGCCGAAUUCAAAGUCUACGGGGCAACGACCGAAAGAGGAUGCCAAGCCAAGCCAAGGAAACGAAAAGCCUGAGGAAGGCGGCGAAAAGGGAAGCGAAGAACGGAAACCUGCUCAGGGAAACGAGACUGGGCCAAGUAGGAAUGCUUCUAAGAACGCUACAACGACAACCGGGGAAGCGGCAGCAAAGUCCAAUAACAAAACGAAAAGCGAGAGAGAGGAAAUCGACUGCAUCAGACCUGCGUACCACGAGUUUCCCCCAGACCUGUUCUCCCACGAGGCCCGCGCCAAGGGCGGCGUGCUGGUGCACAUCCUGGUCGUGCUCUACAUGUUCUACGCGCUGGCCGUGGUCUGCGACGACUACUUCAUCGCCUCCCUCGAGGAGUGCUGCGCCCGACUGAACCUGUCGGAGGACGUGGCCGGAGCGACCUUCAUGGCAGCGGGCAGCUCAGCGCCCGAGCUAUUCACCGCCAUCUUGGGCGUCCUCAUCGCCAAGGGAGACGUGGGCACCGGCACCAUCGUCGGCUCGGCCGUGUUCAACGUGCUCUUCGUCAUCGGACUCUGCGGACUUUGCUCCGGAAAGGAGGUUCCGGUGACCUGGUGGCCCCUGUUUCGGGACUCCCUCUUCUACGCGUUCACCGUGGUCAUCCUCAUACUGGUGAUCUACGACGGCCAGGUCACGUGGUACGACUCCCUCUUUAUGCUGCUCCUGUAUGGUGUCUACAUCGACAUCAUGAAGUGAGUACAACAAAGAAUCCACCAAUGGGUGGCCACCACGUUUGGAAUCCACGAAGAGGAACAGACUUCGCUCGGCCUUACAUCCGCGAGCUACGACGCCAAGAACUACAGUUCCUACGUGCCAUUCAACAAUGAAAUCGACGAUUUCACCCAGCAGAACGCUUCCAGAAACACACGACCUCUGGAUGAGAUGAUCAGAGACAGCCGGAGAAGGCCAACCUUAUACGAAGCAGCGCUGCGAAUGCUUAUGACCCGAUACUUCCGCCCCAAAACUCGUUUCUGGGCAGCAGCAAAAAGGAUCACCAAUGAGCACAAGCGCAUACGCCGAGGAGAGAUCCAGCACUUACCUUCCCAGACCUCCCUCGACCCCAAUGACAUGGUCCGACGUGGCAAGAGCUCCAGUGUUGAUGUUGCCCUGUCCACAGACGCCGACUGGAAAAAAAUUCCCUCACUGAAGGAUGGCCCCUGGGCACUGUUGAAGUGGGUGGUGCAGGCGCCCCUGUUGGCAACACUGCACUACACGGUGCCGGACUGCCGGACCGCAACCGGCAAACGCCUGUUCCUGCUCAGCUUCUUCAUGUCCAUAUUCUGGACGGCAGCCUUCUCCUACGUCAUGGUCUGGAUGGUGACCCUCAUAGGCUACACGAUGGGGAUCCCGGACACGAUAAUGGGCAUCACAUUCUUGGCAGCAGGCACCAGCAUACCCGACGCAUAUGCUAGCCUGCUGGUCUCCCGACAAGGUCAAGGGGACAUGGCUAUAGCUAACAGUAUUGGAAGCAAUGUCUUCGACAUUCUAAUAGGUUUAGCACUGCCAUGGCUGAUCCAGACGGGGAUGGUGGAGCCUGGUUCACUUGCUUACAUCAACAGUGGGGGCCUGGUGUGGUCAGUCGUCUUGCUAUUCCUUACCAUAAUCAUCACAAUCUACACCAUCCACCGGAGUCACUGGCUGCUGACCAAGAAGCUGGGCGUGUUUCUCCUGGUGGUGUAUGUUAUCUUCCUCAUCAUCUGCAGUGCGGUUGAGUUCAACCUGCUGGGAUACGUGAACCCACCCAUGUGCAUCGAAUGAGACACAGCCACUUCGCAACAUCUCCAAAGGCGUCUACAGUGGCAGGCUGUUCUAGUUGGCCCGGUCGCAGGAAGUGAUUCUUGGUACCGAAUACAAACACACAAAUAUACACUUCAAAGCUGGGCUAAUUGUGGGUGGCAUAGAGCAAAGCAGGGCAAUGCCAGGUGGACAAUGAUGAGCAUUUGCGGCCAUUGCUGGGCACUGCACUGGGUUAUGUUUGGGGAUGACGAAAUACUGCUGGAACCAUGCUUGACAUUCAGGACAGGAGCACCUGAUAUCUAGGCCACAUCUGUAUCACCGGUAUGAAGUAUGUGUAUGGGAUACACAGUUGCCACCUUCAUUAUGAUAAAGUUAUGCCUACAGGAACUGGGCUGCCAACAGCAGAUGAAGUUGUUGAACUUAUAUUUGAGUACGACCGAAAGUAAGAAAAGCAAUGUCAUUUAUACAUCCAGAAAAUGCACCAUUGUUUGUGUGGUUGCAAUAAUCAGGUGUAACCUACAUCAAAAGCUGUAUGCCACAUGUAUCGCUACUUUAUAAUACAUAGCAGAAAUUAGUAACAAAACAAUGUGGCACAAUUAAGAGCAUUAAAAGUGUGGCUUAAUCAGGCUAUAGUGCUUGAUGCACUUCAAACAAAGAAGUCAUUCAAUACUGUGAUGUAAUGUUUUAGCUUUUUGUCCAAGAGCAUAUAGUGCACAGCAACCAUCAAAAUAUAAAAAAUAAAAAAAGAAAAGAACACAAUGAUGGUCAACAAAAUUAAGCAAGUGGAAAUUCUAGCAGAAAAGGAAUGUUGAUGUUUAUUGAUGAGGAAGUUUGAAAGUAUAUUUUUAUCAUUCAAAACUGACAUGCUCUGUGACAAGCAAUAUAGCUACAGCACUGAAACUGUGGUGAUAUGUUUGUAUUUAACCGUAGCUCUAAGAACCAAUUAGGUAGCCAGAAAGAUGUGAGUACAGACGAGAUAUAAGCAAGAGCUGCACUGUAAGCUUUAACGAAUGCCCUGUCGUGCAACUUUGUUCUCAUCAUUGUCUUCAUAGCAUGCUAACUGUUCAAGAAGGAAAACCCACCUUAAAUGCUGUUCAGUGUGAGUUCAGAAGGUAGAAGGUUUGGGCGUGUUGGUUAUUCAUCCCUGUUCACAAAACAGAGCACACAUGAACACAUGGGACAGAAAGUGAUCAGGACCUGAUCUCUGUCUGUGCCCUGUGUUUAUGUACACUCUGUUUUUAUAAAGAACAGUGCACGUGCUCAAGCACCAUAUCAUUUUUCAUUCAACAAGAAUUAAUAUAAAGUUCUUCAUCUGAAGAUUCGCUCUGCAUUAGGCUUUAAGAAACAUUGGCUGAACUCGUGAUUUAAAAAGAAACAGGGGGUAGUCGAUUAAGCGUACUGUCACAUUCGACCACACUGUACAACAUUUAGUCAUGUUGCUUACGUAGUUCAUGAAGCUGUUAGCCGACUCCCGUGACUGCGAGACGGUGUCCUUAGAACUAAUUAACUCUCUUGGGAGCCUCAUCAAAGUUGUGUGCUUGACUUCCAGUAAUUUAUAUUGUUCUGUGGCAUUGAUACAUGGUGCUUGCAUCAGCUGCUGUGCAUAAGCCACUAAGAGCAAAGGUUGUGUCUUUCAGUCAUGGAUAGCAUUAGUCUUUAGGAAGUCUCAACUGCGUGUGGGAAGUCCAGUUUAAUUUGAAACACUCUGCCAUCGUUCGGUCGUAAAGACUGAGAUAUUCUGACUUCAGGUGUUCGUAGCAUAUGCCAUGCAUUUUGAAAUGGGCAGUGCGAAGGCAAGGACAAAAGAUAGAAGUAAUACACAUUGCACAGUGCUGUCUCAAACUAACUUCAUUAUAAGACUUUAUUCGCGCUGCCCAUUUCAAAAUGCGCAACCAAAUCCAACUUACCCAAACGUCAGUUUUUGUGUAGCAUAUACGUACUGUUUCGUGGUUAGUGCAUUGCUGUUUCAAGGUGAUAACUGGCACAUUUCCAGGAGUAAUGUAAAGUUAAGUAAUAACAUCAUAUACACUUUGAGAAAGGUCGUAUUCAAGGAGUCUUUCUGUGACACAACAAUAAUUGUGAUCAACGGGAACAUUGGCAGAGGUGUAUGGGACUGGGUGCAUUGGUCAAGCAUAUUUUAAGGUGCAAAGUGCCACAUUGACAACGGGCUAAAAGGGGAGUCAUUUGGCACUUCGCGUGUGCGGUGACUCUUUCUUUUGUUUGUUGUCAUUGUUGCACCUUGCACUUGAAAAUAGACAUGCAGUGAGAUGCAUUUGUUUUGCAGUGUACUUAAAGUACGCCCACAACAAUGAUGAGCUCACAUGCACUUCCUGACAUUAUCACCGGCACAAGUACAACUGGGUCAUGUGCAACGUGUUCGCUGUCAGCGUGACACGACAUUCCUGCAAGAGAAUGGUGAGCACCGAGUUUUCGAGUGAGAAUGUACAAGCGAACCAUACCACGAUUACUGCUGUGUGAGGAAAAGACAUCCCAAAUAUGCUUUUCCUUAGAGUGUGAGGUGCAUUCAAGAUGAUUAGCAAUAUAAUUAGGCUGCCCUAAACAGAAAGCCCUAAAGUCAAGAUAACUACGAAACAAUGCAGAGACACAAAAGGAGGGACACAUUGUUCUAAUUUAUUUUAGACGAUUGCCUGCUCUCUGCCGUGGCAUCAUGUUGUAGCUGUGGAAGUAAAUGAUGUGAAAGUGAUCACAGUAGAGAUAGCCAGUGGUACGCAUCAAUGCUACAAGAUAGACAUGUUUUUACACAACAAGCUCCUUCAUUACAUCGCUUCAGGGAAAUCAUGCAGACAUUGGCCGUCUAGCAUUCCGGAUUAUUCAGUAGCGAGGAUUGAAGUGACAUUUAGCACAAGGCAAGGACCGCAGUCUCUGCACUGGCAAAGUUUGCCGAGUGCCAAGACGAGAAGGCGCACUUCCGAGGUGCGCUGUCCUAGUCCAAUGACCAAGAAGCGUGAGUACCAUGUCUGUAAGAACUCGUGUUGAUGGAACAUCUAUGCUCUGACAUUGCUGUAACUUUGGGAACACCGAUUCAGUAUGUCGCUAUAAUAUACUCAAUUCAGAUAGCAGACGAGAGAAACCUCAGUUCAUGAUGCGCUCGUACGCACGCUCUUCAGAAAGCCGCAUAAAGUGAUCCAGUGGAGGUUUACACGAUUACCUGCAGCUUCAUUAAAUGGAGUGCUUGUCUAAAAGCUGUGUUCACUCAGGAAGGCCUGUAGGUGCAGCCAUGCGUUGAUUGUUGUCCUUUGAAUGCCAAGUGUGGGACUUGCCUGUACAGUGAGCGCUCAAUACAAACUGCCACAAUCUAUUGGGACUUGCCAGAUUGUAUCUGAAUGUUGCAAUGAGCCAGUGGUGCGUACCAGAGGUACACAGCACUGUAGGUCAGUGCUUUGAAAGGGUGCAUAGGAAAAAGGUACAAAGUCAAUGGUACAUCCUGUCUCGUUGAAAACAAAUGUUUCUCUCAUAACCUUUGGCAUUCUAUGCGAUAAGCAUAAGGAUGCCAAAGGGCUGUUGUGAGACCAUGCCACGCAUUGGUGAACGUAAAAGAGUGACGAAGCGUAUAGUUAAACAAGCUCCCCACUUCUUAAGAUUCAAUGAAGUUAGUACCAGUGAUCAUUCGAAAAAUUUGUUGGCUGUUACAGAGGGAGAUAAUUUAUUAGAAGGCAGAUAGGCCAGUCUGAGCUCGUUUGCUCUAGCCUGCUACUCUGAAAAGAGUAAGAGAGACAGGGAGGAAAAUUGGAAUUGAUGGGCUGGUACAGAGCAAAACUACACAAUGUGCCUGUACAAAAAGCCACUAACACACAGCGAUACAUUUAGGCCAUACAUUUAUUACACGUACUUCCAGCCAAAUGCUUUUGUGCAUAAAGUAACAGUCGUACUUGAAGGUUCGAUGAAAAAAUGUACAACUUACUACCUAUGUACUAUCAAAUGGCCGGCUGUGAGAGCAAUAGUUAAAAAGAAUAAUGUAAAGAUGGUCUUUUCCAAAAGCCUCUUUCAAUUUUUAAACCUUGUGCCCAUAUAGGUUCGAGCUGCUGCUUUUGAAGAGAAAAUUUAUCUCACAAUGUUCGUGCAAUGUCAUCGUGAAACCGUGAUUUUUGUCUCCCGAGCCACAACAAAGUCUUUCACUCUUCUUUGGGAUCUAACCCAACCUACCAAACAUGCUUCCAGAAGGCACGCCCACCGCGUGUUAGAGCUGUUGAACCUCGUAUGUAUUGCCUUGUGUGAAAAAGAUUUUGAACACCCAUAAUGUAAGUGUUAUAUAGAUAUAUAUAUAUAUACAUACAUAGUGGUACUAUUCAUAUGUGCUUGUUGAUUUCAGUCAAAUGUGCUUUUUAUUUCAGCUCAGUGAUGAAUUAUAGAUUCUAAGGGUCUUGUUUACUGUUGCCCAGUGCUUUAGUUUUUUUUUUUGUCUUGAAGAUUGAACGGCUUGUGGACUGGAAAAUGAGCGUGCAUGUUCGUGUAUGUUGAGCUAGGUGUUGUGUUGUUCUUGUAUUAGUGUCUUUCAACCCAGGAACCUGCGAUGGUCUUUAGUAGUUGAUCCUCUCAGUGAAAAGCAAGAAAAUGUCAAAGGCAGCAUUGCAAUAUGCAUGCUACAAAGGAUUGUGAACACAGCAGCCCAUUUGCUGUGAAAUGUUAUUGCAUUCCACCCGUUCACUUGAGAGUUGUCUUUCACUUGUAUUUACAACAACGACACAUAUAAUGCGUAAAAAGCCUAGAGAUGAAUUUACCAGGCGUGAAAUACCUGUUUCGGUAUUGAUUCUAUAUGAUGAUAAAAUUCAGAGAAAUUGCGCACAGAACAUUUUAUUUGUUGGUAAACUCACUCGUGGCUGACAAUGUUUGUACAAUCAGUAGGCAGCUGCACAAUAAGUAGCACAAGGAUGAAAGGACGAACUUUUAUUCCCCAGUUUCAUAGCUAGACAAAUGGCUGCAUAGAAUUUACGUCGCCUUCAUUUGUGCAAAUCAUUUUAAAUGUGGACAAGUCUACUCAGGUAAUGUGCGUUGUGCAAAUCGCUUUCGUUCCUACUUUCUCAACCUGAAGGAACAUUGAUUACCUAGGGUGCCAAAGCAUGGUGCUUAAUAUAACGUCUUGACGCUGGCACAAUUUGACUUCAAGGUGUGCCAGAAGAGGCAUAUGUACAAUCAAACUAAUGUCGGCAAUCGUUCAAACAAACUUUUUAAUCAAUGACACAAACUAUAUAUAUAUAUAUAUAUAUAUAUAUACAUAAGCCAGAGAGGGCUUGGUGACAUCUGCUGCUAAUAGGUACCAAGUAAUACCCCUGUCACAUGGUAACGAAUGGCAUUGAGCAGACCUAAUGUCAUUUUACUUGCAUGUUGUCACAUGACGAAAACAAGUAUAAUUUUGAAAUUAUGAUCAUGACCUUAGCCCUCCUGAGCCGCGACUAUGGGAGAAAUUAAAAUAUACUGAAAUUUGCAUGUAACCCGUGCGCAUCCACAGAAAUAAUGUUUAUGGGCAAAACAAUGCUCCUAGAAUGUUAACGCGGCCGUUUUACACAACUUGCUACAGCUGCAUGACACACUCAAAAACCAACAUUGCCAAGAUGUGGCCAGGCAUGAGUACAGUGAAAUGAAGCGGGGCGCAUCAAUUAAUUUCCUGGCUGCAAAAAUGAGACGGUGGCAGCCAUUUUGUGUGGUAGUUACCACCUUGCUCACCACAAUACGUGCGGACAGACGAUCAUCGUCGGUGAUACAGGUAACAGUGACAACAAAGCACAAACGAAACCACGGCCGGCGUCAGCUUUCUUUUGGAAACUUUCGCACUUGCUAUCAUGUCAUCAAACCAGUAAUAAGUUUACAUAGUAAGGAAUAAGAUAUUUACAAAUUGUAGAAGUUACCUAUACGUAAGUUAACAGCAAUCUCCCUAAAAGUCCCUGGUGUCGAGACUACUCAUUCAGUCUAGAAUUGAAUGCAUGUCCCAAGAACUCAUUCGACAGAAAGUGUCAUUUUCAUCAAAUGGCAUUAGUGGCAAACAAAUGACAUUGCAAAGGAAUUACAUUGCAAAGGAAUUACAUUCGCUUCAAAUGGCAUUAAAUUCCCUGUGUAACAGGGGUAUAAAAAAUCGAAUCUGAAAAGGCUUUCCUGAACUAGGUAGCCAAUCAUGCUGACAAUGAUGAAAUCAUGCAAUCAUUAAGACUUUGUGAGUCAGUCGAUCAGCAAGUGUGAUCGCAAAACAUAAAAAGGCAUGCUGAAUCUGAACAAUCAAGACAACAAUGUCAGCCCUAUUUCCUUGUUUUGUUGCUUAAUUAACCUAAAUAAAGUGACAAAAGACAGACAUUGCUGUUAUUUUAAUGCAUGCUCCCCCCUGAUCCCGUGUGCUGACAACAAUCGUGAUUUAAAAAAAAAAAUCUUUCGUAACAGUUGAACAAUCUUUCUCAUACGUCGCAUUCGUGACUGUACCAAAUCAAAACCUUCACAAUCGUUUUUGAAGACUUAACAUAUGUACAAUAACGUAUGCGGGUUCCCAAUCAAUUUGCAACGCUACGUUGCAACUGUCAUUGUAGAGACUAUCAGUGUGUGUUGUGAAGCAUGCAAAGCUCUGCAAGAAGCACAUGCUUUACUCGUUUGUCUGGUCACAAAGCCCCCGCCCCCCCAAAAAAAGCAAUAUGUAUAAAUAUAUAUAAACCACACAAAACCUCCCAAUGUUGUGUGGUAUGCAGGUACAGCGCAAACUUCGAAAGUGUGAAAGCAAGCGUUGGUUGCAUCUGCUUUGUGCCAUCGGCAAAUUCGUGGCUCCGUAAUAUACGUCAUGCGUAUGCAACUUUGUGCUGUUGCAUGCCGUGUGCAGAACAAGUAUGGUGUGGUGGUAACCUCCAAAUCUUCUUUGUCUUCGAGUACUAAAUACAGCUCGUAUGUUGCUCCUGUUUCACUUUGUCGUGCAUUUGUGCGGUGGUGGUGUAAAUUUUGAAGAGUUCAUAUACUGGACGUGUUGUUGUUGCUUUACAAAUGAUGUUGUAAAUGUGCUUCAUCGAAAAAUGCUUUGUGCUUGAACUUGUUGAACUUUGCGUGUUGUUGUGAAUGCUAUGAUGACACUGCUGUUUAGACUCUGACCUGUUGCAGUUUUGAUCAGGUAAGCGUGAAAUUUAAUGCAUAAUUUAGGAAAUGUAAUUGCAUAGCUAUGUGACCACGUUAUGCGUGCUGUUAAGAGACAAAGUAGCUCUACAGUUGAUGAAGAGUAUGUGUGCGUUUAUUACCGCAAUUAUCGUGUAGGACAUAGCGUUUAAGUUGCCAUUUGUGCACACGACAGUGGCACUAGCAUUGCGUAGCACUUAAAUGUACGUUCACUACUGCCCUGAGAUGUGCAGAAAUUUUGGAGUGAUGAAGUGGUGUCAUUCUGAGAACAGCACUUAAUCCGCUGCCGACAUGCGCACCUGGUGCUUUGAGGUGACAAUUUGCGCGAUACCGAACCGCAGUCGAGAAGAAUGUUUUGAUUGGUGACCCUGUGUGAAAUUAUGGGUGAUGGGUGAUAGACGGGGCUUUCAUUGUGUACGUUAGUCACGUUACAUUCGAAUUGAGAUGCUUACAGCUAUUAUUAAAGAGCGAUGCCAGCUACAGAGAAACAGCCUCCACACAAUGAGGCGAUGACAAACUUGGCUGCGAUAGGGGAAUGUAAAGUGGGCUUUUGCGUCGAUUUUAUCCCACGGAAAUGGGUGAUGUGCAAUGCUUACGCCAGUAUUUACACCACAUAUCUUUUUUAUAAACUCAUUUUUUCCACUGAAACCGGGAAACUAAGAACUCUUUAGCAGUUUCGCUAACUUGUAAGCCUACAGUAUUUUUCGUGCACAGAUUGACAAUUGCUCCAGGGCAGUGCUGCAAAACAGUGGUCCUUUAGCUGAUGAGCCGCUCACCCAUUCAUAGAUGUCAUAUAGACAACAUUACUUUAGAUGGACGUGUGCAGCCAUCUUGGGCUUUUAUACAACCGAUUUCUCAGUUUCGUAUGUCAUGACUGUGGGUCACGAAACAAGUGUUCUUAUGCAUGUGAGUCUAGUGCAUUGCCUGUCAGUUAUGGGUACACAAUAUGGUAGUGUUAGCGGCCCAAGAUGGUGCCACUACAAAACACAUAGUAAAAGUCUAUAUAAACCCUGACAAUUGUGAGGCAGCAUUGUAGAAGCCUCAGCACUCGUAAUUGUGCAACCCAGUCUUUCAUUUACAGUGCCAAGAAGAACCCUCCAAUUUUCGUGCUCCGUAACCCUCAGAGUGAACCAAGCAAAGUUUUUCUCGUGUGUUCUUUUGAAGUAUUGUGAAGCAGCACGCAAUUUCACACGAAGUGUUUCACCACGAAGCUGCAAACCUUACUCUGACGGCAUUUCCCCAAAAGUGCAUCGACGCUGCCGUCAAAGCUUGUCGUAAAGCAAACUCCAAUGGCUACCAAAGCGCAGCAUUUCCCGCUCCAAGUUGGGCAAGUUCUUUCCCACAGCUUCACUUAAAAUGGAUCAUAGUUUUGGUCUCUUCGUGGGAGAUAAACUCACUGCACAUUAAUUUGAUAUCACACGCUCCACCAUCAAGGCAUGGAUUAAACUGGUAACGCUAGGGUGCGCAAGGUCAAUUUUUUCUCAACGUCUACUUAUUUGCAGCGCAGAAGAGUAACAUUUUGUUGUGAAAAACUUUGAAGCCAAACAAGUGCAUUCAUAUUACUGUAGCAACAGACAUUGCGAUGCUGAUGAAUAAAGGUGCUAAAGCAAUAGGAGAAAGGAAACUAAAAAACAUUACAAAAAAAAAAGACAUUUCUGAGAGAAAUAGUCUACCAGUGUUCGUGGUGAAACACUUUGAGCAACAAAGUGAUAGAAACAUGGGCUUUCAGAGCAACAUAAAAAAAAGGCUGCCUGCCAAUGUAGCAGUGUAGUUGACAGGUAGUGUGGUCGAGCUAGAGUACGGCGAUGUCUUUCAAGUCACGCUUACACUACCCAGAGGCGAGAGCUUGUUCUUGAGGUGGAUCCAACCUGUUUAGUGGUGUAAGGCUGUUUGUUCUGGUGCUGGUUUCGUUUAGAGAAACUGCCCGCAUUGUGAAUACACUGAUGGUGCUUCGAAGAUGUGUUUCUCGUCUUUCGAUACAAUCUCUCAUCAGCCCGAGCCGCUGUCCCCACGUGACCGUGACGUUGUCCUGAUGAUACGUCGGUUUGCCAAUGUUUGUCUCUUGAAGGAACUCAGCCUUCUAGAACCAACUUUCCUAACUGACAAACAUUUUUACGCAUCAGAAUGAGCGUGAGCAAGCAAAACAUGUGUGUUGGCUUGCAGCAGUUUUCAGAAAUAUUUGCAGCACGUGUCGUUCUUCCCCAAAGGACAGUUUUGCUCCUUUCAACGGAAGGUAUUUCCCCUCGAGGGCAAUGCUGAACUUCUGAAAGAAAGCGAACUUUCAAAGAAAAAGAUAUAUUUGACUGAGGUAUCUUGCAGUGCUUGAUGGUGUAUAUCAAUAGACUGGCUCGAUUUCACAAGCCGCAUGUAGAAAAUCUUUGAAAUGUCUGUGUCUUGCUUUUUUUAUUGUUUGAAAUGUACAAACAAAAUGUCUAAAUAAAAACAAAUGGAUUGCAUCCACUCUUUUGUUUUCAAA